GGGACAUGUUUGCUGUGGUUAAACAGUUACAGUCAGGAGUACCUGAAGACCAAGAUAAAUUUGCCUCAUUCCCGUCUUGGUCAGAGAGCACCAAGCAAGCACUCCAGGGAGGGAAAACGAAACAGCUCUCCGACUUAGAUCUGCUUGGCAAGGUAUCUAAACCGGGAGGACAAAUAACUCACAAGAUCAGCGAAAAAUCCCCCGGAGAUUUCCUCAUCGGAGCUUGCGAACGGUCACCAGAUGAUGAUCACCCAAUGUGGAGUUUGGGAGAUCAGGAAGAUUGGCGUUUCAUUCUGUCUCACUUUGAGUUGCUCGGUUUUGUUAGCUUCGGUCUCCACUGGUCUUCAGCUGUUAGCAUGCGAGUCAUGAAACUGAUUUCUGCGUCCUUGU